AUGGGACGCCGGUCCGGCCGCGCAGCGGCGCGACGGGCAGCAGCAGCCCUAGAAAGCACGCCCAAACACUACCAAACGAUGGACGAAGAUGAGCCCAUGGCAGAUGCAGCACCAGAAGCGGAACAAUCCAAGGAUAACGACAACGAAGAUGAGGAAGAGGACCCCGCACAUGAACCCGAGGCUGAGGACGAGGAUGACGAGAACAAGUCAGGCGGUGAUGAGGAGGAAGACGACGAGCAGCCCGCCGAAGAGGCGGAGGAUGAGGAGGAAGAGACUGCAAAGUCACCAUCCCCGCCCCCAGUUCAGACAGUCCGGCGCAAGCGACUUGGCCGGCCGCCCAAGAAUCGCCCGCCAGACUGGGACAACAUGAUUGAGGUGCCUGUGCGCGAGAGCGAACUCAACACGCCCCGUCGGCGUGGCCGGGGAGGCUGGCGCGGCCGUGGCGGCCGUAAGGGCGCAAGUUUGGCACCGACGCAGCAGGCUGUCGAUAAAGAAGGCACCAUGAUGGAUAUCAUCAACGAUGAGGUUGCGCUCCCUGAGGAUCCCGAAGGAGAGACCAAGGUGGACAAGAACGGCAACCUGCAGGGAGGGCGCGAGUACAGGUGUCGGACGUUCACAGUCGCCGGCCGUGGCGACAGGCUCUACAUGUUGUCGACGGAACCUGCGCGUUGCGUGGGAUUCAGGGACUCGUACCUCUUCUUCACCAAGCACCUGCGGUUGACCAAGGUCAUAGUGGACGACGAGGAGAAGCGCGACAUGAUCGAACGAGAGAUCAUCCCACACAGCUACAAGGGUCGGUCAAUAGGUAUCGUCACGGCACGGUCUGUGUUCAGGGAGUUUGGUGCCCUCAUCAUCGUCGGCGGGCGGCGCAUCAUUGACGACUACGAGGUGAGCAAGGCGAGGAUGGAGGGUGUUGUUGAGGGCGAGUUGGCCGAUCCAAAUGAUCAUUUUGUUGUUGGCGAACCCUACAAUAAGAACCAGUAUGUGGCAUGGCACGGUGCUUCUAGCGUUUACCAUUCUGCAGCGCCUGUGGUUCCGCAGCAGACUGGCGUGUUUGUGGCACCCAAAAAGCGGCGUGUUGCUGUCAAUGACACCAACUGGAUGUAUGAGCAUGCAAAGGAGGCCAGCAACUUCAACUCUAUCUUGACCGGCAUGCGUCAGGCCAACCUGCAAGGAGUCUACGACGUGCACACAAAUAUGAUGCACUACCCAGCUACGAUGCAGCCUACCCAUGCUCGCAUUGAAUCAGUUCCGCUUGAACAGCAGCAGCAGCAGCAUGAGCAAUCAAAAUUACAAGACAACGACGGCACAUCAGGCUCCACAAUCUUCAAGCCUCUGCCUCCAACAGUGCCCCGAAACUUCCGCGUGGUCGACACCGUCCUUGAGACGCCGCCUUCAGGAAUCGCGCCAGCAUCGUAUGACCGGCGCUUCUUCAUAGACGGCGAUAGGGCUGGUUGCGCGAAUGGCGGCACACGCCACCGUGGCAGCAUUGACUUCCUUGCGCCGUUCCGCGGGCUCUCGGCUGUCCCGGACGAAAUCAGGGACCUGCUGCCGGCCGAGUGCCGAGCAGCAUUUGACCAAGCUCAGCAGCGGGAGCGCGAGUGGCACUCUAAGUGGGGGCCGGAGAAGGAGGCCGCAUGUAGGAGGGAUCCGGUCAUUGACAAGGCGAUUGUGCCGAUGGUGAAGAUGGUGUGA